AUGCCAGAUUCCACAACUUUGUUUUCCAAGUUUUAUGUGUGUUUCAAAGCUGUAAGGGAUGGUUGGUUAGAAGGGUGCAGGCCUGUAAUUGGGCUUGAUGGUUGCUUUUUAAAGGGUAUAGUUAGAGGAGAAGUUCUUUCAGUUGUUGGGAGAGAUGCAAACAACCACAUCUACCCUUUAGCAUGGGAUGUGGUAUGUGUUGAGAAUAAAGAAACAUGGAAGUGGUUCAUAGAUUUGCUUAUGGAAGACAUUAAUGGUGGUCUUGGUGCAGGCAUUACCCUUAUUUCUGAUGGACACAAGGGGUUAUUACAAGUAGUUAAGGAAAGAUGUCCAAAAGCUGAACAUAGGCAAUGUGCUAGACACAUUGUGGCCAAUUUUAAUAAAAGGUUUACUGGUCAAGCAUACUUAAAGUUAUUUUGGAGGGCUGUAAGGGCUAGUACUAUGGAGAAGUUUAGAGGUGUAAUGGAGAAGAUCAAAUCUAUUGAUACUCAUGCUUAA